AUGACCCCCGUGCCCUUGAACACCAAACGUUGCGGUUCCCUCUCCCUCAUCACCCAGUUUCUGAGCUUUUCUGUCGCCGUCCAUGGGGGAGGACCUGUUCACCGCGAUCAUGCAAAGUCAUCCCUGGAGAUGCUAACUGGCCAUCGCAGGCCUCCUGGGCCAGUCUCAAUGAAUCGAUUGGAGGAGGACUGCUUCAACCAGCUCCACCAGGAGCUGUCUGUCAUCCGGGACACGGAGCCUACGACCCAGACCAAUGCCCAGCUGUCCUCGGCGGAUGGGAGACUUACGUCUUCCACGCAGAGCACCCCACCUCCUUAUCCGUGCGACGCUUCAGGAUAUCCUGCAUUCGUCGUGAACGCCACUAACAACGAGCAUGUCCAAGCCGCGGUCAACUUUGCUCGUGACAACAAUGUGCGCCUCAUCAUCAAGGGCACCGGCCACGACUUCAUGGGCCGUUCCAUUGCCCCCAAUUCCCUCUCCAUCUGGACCCAUCACAUGAAGGGUAUCGAGUAUCACGAGGGCUCCUUCACACCCCAGGGCUGCGACGCCAUUGAGACCAACGCCGUGACCACUCGUGCCGGCGGCCAAAUGUUUGACCUGCAGAGUUUCCUCCGCACCAAGAACGAGACCGUUGUCGGCGGCAAUUCUCGGAGCGUCGGCGUGGGUGGCUAUCUCAGCGGCGGCGGCCACUCCAUUCUCGGGUCUCAGUACGGGCUCGGGAGUGACCACAUCCUCGAGGUGGAGCUCGUUACUCCGGAUGGAGAAGUAGUCGUUGCAAACGAAUGCCAGAACGAGGACCUUUUCUGGGCCGUGCGAGGUGGCGGAGGCUCGACCUUUGGCCAACACCUACUUCCCUGGCCCCCGGACUUCCUCAGCGGAGUCAUGGGCCUCGUCACCCUGCCGGGCGCCACCAACGAGACCGAAAUCUACGCCGCCGUCUACCCCGCCAUCCAAGAGGCCCAGGCCAAGUUCCCCGACACCAACGUCACCGUCGUCGCCGUGCCCGAAGUGUUCGACUGCUACCAGUCCUGGUGGGACAAGUACUUUGACAACGGCACGGCCGGCACCGAUUCCUACUUGUCCUCCCGCCUCUUCAACAAAGACACCCUCGCCGACGUCGAUUCCGUCGCCGCCGCCCUCGAGGAGUAUUUGGCAUCCAGUGGCACCGCCCUCGCUCAUCUCCUCCGCCGUGCUUCCGGCAUGGAGGAUGCCUACGUCCAUGUCGUUAAGGGCCAGGAGUUUGAUCCCUUGGACCAGGAGGCCAAGAAUGCCGCCAUCGAGCGCAUCAGGUCCAACACGGAGAUCCUUGAUAGGCUUGCCCCAAACUCCGGGGCCUACCUUAACGAGGCAUCACUUUUCGAAGACGACUGGCAGCACACCUUUUGGGGCGACAACUACGAGCGCCUCCUUGAGAUCAAGCGCAAGGUCGAUCCCAAGAGCGUCUUUGUGUGCCACCCUUGUGUCGGCAGCGAGGGCUGGGAAGAGACUAAUGGGCGGCUCUGCAAGGCUUAA